CAUGUGAGUGAGAGUCGUGUACUAGCAUAACUUUAGCUUACUGUACAGGCACGUUCGACGUUAGAACUCGUGGAUUAUCCUGCGUUUGAUCAGAAGACUGUCAGUGAACGCUGGGUAAAUACGUUCGACAUCUAGGCUCCCGUUUUAAAGAACACCCGACAUUAUGAUGCAACCGGAGAAUCCCACGGUUAAGGAUCCUGCCCAGGUGGCAGCCAACAACCGACUGGCUCAAACACAACAGCAAGUGAAUGAGGUGGUUGACAUUAUGAAAACCAAUGUGGAGCGGAUAAUGGAGAGGGAAGACAGGCUGACGGAGCUGGACAGGAGAGCUGACAACCUGACUAUGAGCGCGGCGGAGUUCCAGACGACCUCGCGCAAACUCAAGAAGAAGUACUGGUGGAAGAACACGAAGAUGACCAUCAUCCUAGUAUGCGUGGUCAUCGUCGUCAUCAUCAUCAUUGUCUUCGCCUGCGUCGGGAUCCCGUCAGGAGGCAGUAGCGGCGGUGGAACGCCUGCUGUGACAACGGCUGCCCCUCCGCCUGUCACGGCUACAACUUAGAGCGUCCUGAGGAAGAGGAGUUCCCAGUUGGCUUCCCGUUAAAAAAAAAAAAAAGUUUCGUAGAUUUUGGUUCGCUAGUCAUCUGUCGUUUUUUUUAUGAUUUUUAUCUAUUUAUUAUUAUUUUUUAUUAUCAUUACCAUUCAGGAAAAACAGAUAAUCAUUCGAUUCGCGGUAGUAAUUUUUAUUUCAAAUUAGGUUCUGUAAAAUUACGGUGAAUUAUUUUGUUUUUGGGAGAAGCUGGUUUGAUAAUCUUUAGGCUCGUAGUAACUUUUUUUAUUCUAAAUUAGGGAUCAUAAAAUUGCUGUUUAUAUUUUGGGAGAAUAAAUCGAUUCGCUGUAGUCAAUUUUUAUUCCAAAUUAGGGUUCAUAGGAUUACGAUGAACAGUUUACUUUUAAGGAGAAGCAGAUAAUCAUUAGGUUCGUAGUGAUCAUUUUGUUUCAAAUUAGGGGUCGUAAACAGUAAGCAGUUUAUAGUAAGGUUUGUAAGAUUACAUUUGUUAUUCUCUAAAGAUGAAGUUUCCGAAAUAAUCACAAAGAAGGAAACUGUAAAAACAAAAACAAAAACAACAAACAAAAUCUGGAAUAUUCACAUAAAGGAUAUAACUGUAAAAGAAGAA